AGGUAUACAUGUACUGUCGCCGCCGUCGCCGUCAGCAUUGAGCUCCCUUCCGUGAAGUCUUUCUCCCCCAUUAUCAUCAUCACCGCCGCCGCCACCGCGCAGACCGUCGUUGCAGAGACAUUGUCGCUCGUUCGUGCAUCCAUCCCCAGCAGCUGCACCGCCUACGCACACACCACCAUCUUAUCGCACGCCGGCUCCUCUCCGAACCCACUUGGAUCCACUACCACUGUAUUCUCCCCAACGGCCCUUGCAACGCCCUUGCGCCGCCGCUGCGAUGGAACAGACGCUGCGCACUCCGGGUCCGCAGUCGCCCUCGGCACGCUCGCGGGGCUUCUCGUUUCGCAGCGACAACAGCGGAUCGUCGCGUCCGAAGGAGGAUCUGACUGAAAGUCCCAAAGAAAAGGCGCGCAAAUCACAAAUCUGGAGUACGACCAGCAAGGCCAAUCCUAAUGCCGCUUUGACUGAGGCUACUCCGGCAGGUGGGUAACGGUCGACCUAUCUCCCCAGCCUUCUUCAUAACAUCACACCUCCGCUGCUCUGUGCUCAUUCCAGCUGCCUACUCUGCACAUCCAUCCACUCACACCAAUGGCUUCUUCGAUCAAGUCGCGCCCGGCGUCGGACAUCUUUGCUAAUUCACCUGCAGUCGCUGCUAUCAUUGAGGAGAGCACAUUGUCGCCUCUGCGCGCGACACAGCAUCGAGAUGCCAACGGCAACAUUAUCACCGAUCCUGACCUGUCCAACCCAACGCGACCGCGCAUGGAGCGUCCCCUAGACACUAUUCGUUCGUUCGAAGCAGCUAUUGAUUCUGGAUAUCGUCGACGAUCAAACUACGGGCGUGCCGAGUCCUAUAAUGACCAGUCGAAUGGUUACGGACAAUCGAGGAGAAACAGUGCAUAUGGCAAUAAUGGCGGACCACAACCUCGAUACGGCAAUGGCAACGGAGGAGGAUACUACGGAAACCGACCAGAAGGCUACGGACCAGGUCCGAGCAGGCCUCCUUAUGGCGCUCCUCGAAUGCAGUCCGAGCCCAACAUGCCACGACCAUACCCUCCACAACAUGGACACCAGUACUCGCAAGACACGAUGGCGACAGCGGUGACAAAUGGCUCCGAUAGCACAGGACCAUGGGCAAACAGCACAGACCCCAGCAGCGAAAAUAGCUCCAUUGAUAAGAACUACCAACAGAAUGGCUAUGGGCAAAACGGCUAUGGUCAAAGUGGCUAUGGCCAGAACGGAUACUCGCACAAUGGUUACGGUUCCGGAUCUCCAGGACCUAUCCCCGAAGAUGGCGCGUAUCCGAUGAAGCACGGUGGCGCUGUUCAGCCACCGAACGGCGCCCGACGACCCAUUCCUCUCGGCAACACGAGUAGCUAUGGCACCCCAUCACCCGCUCCUGGAAGCCUUCCAUCAUCGAAGCGACCGGAGCCAGAGAAGAGAAAGAGUCGAUUGAGCCGAAUGUUCAGCAAGAAGGGCAAAGACUAAGCAUAUGUACAGCAGCAUCUUUCUACGUGCACGCAUAUGGAGGUCCUCUGAUGAACAAGGUCUCUUCGGCAUUUUCUGCUUCGUUGCACAUAAUAAUGUAAUGAGUAAUGCAGUUCAUGGUGGGAUGGCACGGCAAAGGGAAGAUGAACAGCAACUUGGCUGAGUCUUCACUCUCCGCCGAGUGCUCGAUUGGAGAUUUUCUGAUUUGUGACGGCGUGCUCCCUGUCAAACAUUGGGAUUGAUUCAUGGAAAGAAGAACAAGCAAAAGAAAGCGAGAUAAUUUCCGCUUUGAGAAAAACUUGGCUACGACGUACGACGAAGAAGAAUCGGUGAUGGAUAGCCAGGUCUUGAGGGGCCUUUCCUUCUUUGGACUAUCUCUGAACUUAUGGCAUGACUAUUUCAUUUUGUUGUUUCGAAACAAUGCGGGACUAGGGUCAUUAGAAAUGGAAAUGGACUCUUAUUUCUUCUCGCAGUAUGUCUGCGGUUUCAAUUUUGGUUGGGCUGAACAUUGAAUGCCCCGGCCUAUCGAUUGAAGUGCUUUUGACUCUGCUCUGCAAGCCUGAUGCUUGAGGUGCGAUAAGCUUUGCCUGUCUCGUGCGUGCAGAUGCGGCUGAGAUAAAGGGACAAGAAAAAGGUACGAGCGGCGUUGGUGGGAGGCACUUCCGCUGACCCAUGCCACGAGAUUUCUGAUGCCUGCUUGCGGCGAUUCGUUGGAAUGUGCCACGCAAUGCUAGAUAGCGAUGGAAUAAAUGGUACUCCGCGAUGCACUGCAUAGAUAGGGACGUUGGUCUGGUUCAUGGCGCUGACUAUCUUCAACGCGAUUUCUUCUCUUCUUCUGCUAAAGCUUCUCGUUCGCUCUUGUCGUCGUUG